AUGUAUACAGCAAGCUCUUCUUCUCCCGAUCCUCCUAACAAAGCAAUUAUAGAUCCUUUUGAUGCACGAUCAUUACAAGUUCAACCUGUUGCAUAUAUAGACAAUGACCCACCUACAGAAUUCUUUUAUCGUCCAAGAACAUUGACGGUAUUAUCGGCAAUGAUUAUUGGACUUGUAUACGUUGCAAUAUAUCGAGAGGAAGACGAUAAAGCUUCCAAUACAGCAACGAAUAUUAAAUUCGGAAGCAUGGCUGGAGUAGGUUUUUUCCUUUUAUUUGCGAUGUUACAGUUUAGAGAUGGACCUUUCAUUCGACCACAUCCUGCUUUUUGGCGAAUUGUUUUGGGUCUUGGAGUGUUAUACCAGAUGUUUCUUGUAUUUCUUUUAUUUCAGAAUAAAUUCGAUGCACGUUUAUUUCUUAGGGCAAUUGAUCCAACAUUAGGAAGACCUCUCCCGGAACGUUCAUAUUCUGAGAAUUGUGAAUUGACUUACGAGAAUGUUAAAAAUCAAAUUGAUAUCUUUGUGGUUUAUCAUGCAACGGGAUGGUAUGCCAAAGCUGUAGUGUUACGUGAUUAUUGGUUCUGCUGGAUAUUAUCUGUCAUGUUUGAGAUUAUGGAAUAUUCAUUACAACAUCAAUUAAAUAAUUUUGCUGAAUGUUGGUGGGAUCACUGGAUCCUUGAUGUGUUAAUCUGUAAUUGGAUUGGACUUUAUUUUGGAAUGAAGACGUGUGAAUAUUUUGAGAUGAAAGGGUAUUCUUGGAGAGGUUUUAAACAAAUCAGGUCAUCGAAAGGAAAAGUGAAGAGGAUAGUACAACAAUUCACACCACACCAUUGGACUAAAUUCGAAUGGGGAACUACUAAAAAUUUUAAAAAUUAUUUAGCUGUUAUUGGACUUUUAUUCUUGUUUUUGCAAGCUGAAUUAAAUUCAUUUUAUUUGAAAUAUCUUUUAUGGAUUCCACCGGAACACCCACUCAAUAGUUAUCGAGCUUUGUUGCUUUUCAUGUGUUCAAUUCCUGGUACACGUGAAGCAUAUCAAUAUUUGACAGACAAAAAUUGCAAAAGAUUUGGACCUCAAGCAUGGUUAACUAUUGCAAAUCUUAUGACAGAAUCUGUAAUUUGUUAUAAAUUUGAAAAUACGAUUAUGGAAGGAUUAUAUUUAUUGGAUUAUGGAGCAGGAAACGUUCGUAGUUUAGUAAAUGCUGUUAAUAAAUUAGGUUAUGAGAUUAAAUUGAUUAAAGAACCUGGUGAUAUUUUAAAAGCUGAAAAACUUAUAUUUCCGGGAGUAGGAGCAUUUGGUAAUGCAAUGCAGUUACUUGUAGAGAAAAAUUAUGCAGAACCAUUAAAACAAUUUAUUGCAGCGGGAAAACAAUUUAUGGGAAUUUGUGUUGGAUUACAAGCAUUAUUUGAAGGAUCAGAAGAAAAUCCGAACAUACCAGGGUUGGGAAUUAUUCCUGGUACAGUUAAAUUAUUUAAUAAAGAUGAUAAAGUAGUACCACAUAUGGGAUGGAAUGAAGCAAAUUGCUUAAGAGAGAUUAAAUAUAAAAAUCAACAAGAUAAUCAGUGUGGAAUUAAACCAGGAAGUGUUUAUUAUUUCGUUCAUUCUUAUGCUGUACCUUAUAAUGAAAAGAUUAAAGAAUGGAUAUUAUCUACUACCCAAUAUGGAGAUGAAAUUUUUAUUAGUUCAAUUCAAAAAGAUAACGUCUUUUGUACACAAUUUCAUCCUGAAAAAAGUGGUUAUGCUGGUUUGAGAAUUUUAAAAUCAUUCUUAGAAAGUAGUGAUAAUAGUAAUUUGAUUAUUGAUGAUGAUAGAAAAAUCGUAACGAAAAAUCCUAUAAGAUUAUCAAAAGACAGAUUUAGAAAAAGGAUUAUAGCUUGUUUAGAUGUACGUGCAAAUGAUCAUGGUGAUUUGGUAGUGACCAAAGGUGAUCAAUAUGAUGUACGUGAACGUUCCACAGAUAACGCUAAUGGACAAGUUAGAAAUCUUGGUAAACCUGUUGAUCUAGCCCGUAGAUAUUUUGAUGAAGGAGCUGAUGAGAUUACCUUUUUAAAUAUUACAAGUUUUCGCAAUUGUCCUUUAGUUGAUUUACCAAUGCUGGAAAUUUUAAAACUUACAUCAGAAACAGUUUUUGUUCCUUUAACCAUUGGUGGUGGUAUAAGAGAUAUUAAAGAUCCUGAUGGCAAAUUUCAUUCGGCUCUUGAAGUUGCUGGUGAAUAUUUCCGAUCUGGUGCCGAUAAAGUUUCAAUUGGUAGUGAUGCUGUUUAUGCAGUAGAAGACUUUUUAGCUAAUAAUAAAAUAUUAUCUGGUAGAACUGCUAUUGAAACCAUCGCUCAUGCUUAUGGUUCUCAAGCUGUAGUAAUAUCGGUAGACCCUAAAAGAAUUUACGUCAAUUCUCCGGAUGAUGAACCAAACCAUCAUGUAAUUAAGACUUCUUAUCUUGGUCCAAACGGAGAAACUUGGUGUUGGUAUCAAUGUACUGUGAAAGGUGGUCGUGAAGGGAGAGAUAUUGAUGUUCAUCAACUUGUUACCUCUUGUGAAGCUAUGGGUGCUGGUGAAAUUCUUCUUAAUUGUAUGGAUAAAGACGGUACGAAUUCUGGUUAUGAUUUAGAGUUGAUAAAUGAUGUUAAGAAGGCUGUUAGAAUUCCUGUUAUUGCGUCAAGUGGAGCUGGAAAAGAAGACCAUUUUGCUGAGGUUUUUGAGAAAACUAAUGUAGAAGCAGCUCUUGCUGCUGGAAUAUUUCAUCGUCGGGAAAUUCCAAUUAAACAUGUUAAAAAUUAUUUAAAGGAAAGAUAUGUUUUAAUUAGAGAUGAAGAUCUUUCAUUCUAA